GACCGCGGGCGGAGGGGAAGAUAGACCCAGCCCAGAGCUCUGAGUGGCUUCCUGUUGCCUGUCUCUAAACCCCUCCACAUUCCCUCGGACCUUCAGACUGCGAGUGCGCUCUGCCUGCUGCCUGCCCGCCACCAAGGGUUCCCAGCACCAUGAGGGCCUGGAUCUUCUUUCUCCUUUGCCUGGCCGGGAGGGCCCUGGCAGCUCCUCAGCAGCAGGAAGCCCUGCCUGAUGAGGCAGAGGUGGUGGAGGAAACGGUGGCCGAGAUGACCGAGGUAACCGUGGGAUCCAACCCUGUCCAGGUAGAAGUAGGCGAAUUUGAGGAUGGUGCCGAGGAAACCACAGAGGAGGUGGUGGCUGAAAACCCCUGCCAGAACCACCACUGCAAACACGGCAAGGUGUGCGAGCUGGAUGAGAACAACAGCCCCAUGUGCGUGUGCCAGGACCCCACCAGCUGCCCUGCGCCCAUCGGCGAGUUUGAGAAGGUGUGCAGCAAUGACAACAAGACCUUCGACUCUUCCUGCCACUUCUUUGCCACAAAGUGCACCCUGGAGGGCACCAAGAAGGGCCACAAGCUCCACCUGGACUACAUCGGGCCUUGCAAAUACAUCCCCCCCUGCCUGGACUCUGAGCUGACUGAAUUCCCUCUGCGCAUGCGUGACUGGCUCAAGAAUGUCCUGGUCACCCUGUACGAGAGGGACGAAGAUAACAACCUUCUGACUGAGAAGCAGAAGCUGAGAGUGAAGAAGAUCCAUGAGAACGAGAAGCGCCUGGAAGCUGGCGACCACCCUGUGGAGCUGCUGGCCAGGGACUUUGAGAAGAACUACAACAUGUACAUCUUCCCCGUGCACUGGCAGUUUGGCCAGCUGGACCAGCACCCCUUUGAUGGGUACCUGUCCCACACGGAGCUGGCCCCUCUGCGUGCGCCCCUCAUCCCCAUGGAGCACUGCACCACCCGCUUUUUCGAGACCUGUGACCUGGACAAUGACAAGUACAUUGCCCUGGAUGAGUGGGCAGGCUGCUUCGGCAUCAAGGAGAAGGAUAUCGACAAGGAUCUUGUCAUCUAAAUCCACGCCUCCUUCUGCAGAACCGGAUUCUUUCUCUUUGAUCUUCCCGGUCCUGUUUCCCCCCAUGUUUAAAAUGUUUGGAUGGUUGGUUGUUCUGCCUGGGGAUAAGGUGCUAACAUAGAUUUAAAUGAGUACAUUAACGGUGCUAAAAAAUGGAAGUGGUAACCCAAGUCAUGACAUUCUUGCUUGUCACUUAACUGGGGGUCGCCCAUUCGCAGCCCCACCUUUCUCUUGGCGUUGGCACACCGUGGCCAUUGUCUUGCUGGUCACGGUGGAAGCUGACCCGCUCGAAUCUGCCUUCGACACACAUUGAAUCUUCAGAUUUUCUAUUAUUCUGCUUGAAACUAAUACUCACCAAGUCAGACUUUAUGUUAAUUUUAUUUCAGGGGAUGAUGUUGGCUGCCUGGGGUCUUCCCCAGGUGGCCUGGAGGUGGGGACGGGAAGUAACAGACAUGUUGUUGGCAAGGCCAUUCCUGGGACAGUGGUGGGAGAGGUCUCAGGGACCCAACAGCCAGAACCAUAGAAAGCAAGUCUAUUUUUUUUUUGCCUGGGGCUGUGACUGAAAGAUUCUGGGGCCAUGUUCUAAAAAUACACAAAUUCUCAUAGAAGCCCAUUUCCUCCUUCACCCUGGUCUAAUUUCUUUUCACAUCAGGCUGUUUGUUUGAACUUUUGGGAGCCCCGGGCCUUCCGUGCUCUGAGGGCGCGGAUCAGCUACAAGGACUUCUUCCCUCCUAACUUCUUUUGGAGAUUCUGGAUUUUUUUUUUUUUUUUGGGGGGGGGUGUGUGCUCCAGGAAAUGAGAGGCCCUUUCAGGCAGGAAGACAAAACCAAGAAUGAGACAUAGAAAGUAGUAAAGCAGAAAUAGUAGAGUUGGGUGAAUUGGUUGUAUUUUUUUUCACAUUUCAAUGGCUGUCCUAAGUUGCUAGCACGUUCUUCCUUUUUUCUUUCCCCCUUUGCAUCUUCUAUUAAUCAGAGAAACUUCAAAGUCAAUGGGAUGGUCAGAUCUCACAGGCUGAGAACUCGUGCACCUCCAAGCAUUUCAUGAGAAAGCUGCUUCUUAUUAAUUGUGCCAACUCUCACCGUGAUGUGAAGAGUUUGACAAAUCUUUCAAAAUAAAAAGUAAUGACUUAGAAACUGC